CCAAUUUUUUUUAUGUAAUUAAGAAAAUAAAUAGAUCGAAUUAAAACUAAAAUGAGAACGAGCAAAAUUAAAUUUAGUUAAAUCUGAUUUGAUUUUAGCACUCUCAUUUUCUUCAAAUUUAUAAUAAUAUUCAAUCUAAAUCAAUGGUUGCCGUCUUGUUUAGAACGUUGGAGAAAACGAAGGGAAGCAACGAAAAACGACGUCGGAUCGUGGACUUUAAAAAGCAGUCUUGAAAGAUAAGUGAACUGGAGAGACCGUCCGACGACGAAGCUUUGAAACCAAAGAACAAAUCAACGCGAAAGAAAGAACACAAUUGAUAGGAAUUUUCUCCAUUUCCCCCAUUCCUCACUCUGCGGCGGACUCCCGCCAUUAAUCCGAAUCUCGACCUCCAAACCCUGAUCCCUAAUUCAUUCCAAUGCCAUAACGAUAUACUGAUAUAGGCAGAGAGGAAUCCUCUCCGCCAAAAACAAUUGGCGGCACACCGAACGUUUUCUCCGGCGGGAUCAUGAAUUGUUGAGCCGGCAACCGCUCUGAUCAGAUCGGGAAGGUGCGGCCGAAGUUCUCAGAGGUUCCUGGCGCAAUGUCUUGGGGAUUAGGAUGGAAGCGGCCAUCGGAGAUCUUCCGUUUGAGUCUAAACUACGGCACGGAGGAAUCCUGGGAAGAUUCUACCCGUACGUCGAGCUCCUCCUCGUCUUCGUCGUCUUCUUCGACGAUUCCGCCGCCGAUGGACCAAGACGGUGGAUUCCGCGUGGAUUUGGAUUGGACGGCCGGAGACGACGAGGAUCAGUUGGCGCUGAGGCUGCAGUCGCAGCUGAUGGUGGCGUUGCCGAUGCCGCAGGACUGCGUGACGGUGGAUUUGACGACGAAAGAAGAUGGGAAUGGGGAGGGAGGGAUGGAGGCAGGCAAUGUCGUCGGAGUGGAGAUGAACGUUGCGAAGAGGAGGGAGCCGUUGCGAGGGAUCACGGUUUCGAAGUCCGGUUCCGGCCAGCAGAGCGAUGGCGCCGGCGUUUUGACGAGAUUGUUGAGGUCCAAUUUAGCUUCUAGUGGACUUGGGGAUGGUUCGGAUAUCGCCUGUGCCGAUCAUUGGAAGACCGUCACAUUGCUUAGCCUCUGCGGUUGUGGUUUGGCGACAUUGCCAGCUGAACUACUGCAAUUACCAACUCUUGAGAAGCUUUUUCUAGACAACAAUAGGCUUACAAUUUUGCCACCUGAGCUUGGAGAGGUGAAAACUUUGAAAGUUCUCAGUGUUGAUUACAACUUGUUGGUUUCUGUUCCUGUGGAGCUGAGGCAGUGUGUUCAACUGGUAGAGUUGUCACUGGAACAUAACAAGCUUAUUCGUCUACUUCUUGAUUUCAGGGCGAUGGCUGAGUUGCAGAUUCUUAGGCUAUUUGGGAACCCUCUCGAAUUUCUCCCAGAAAUUUUACCGCUGCACAAACUUCGCCACUUGACCCUUGCAAAUAUCAGGAUUGUUGCUGAUGAAAAUUUAAGAUCUGUCACUGUGCAGAUAGAGGGGGAGAGCAGUUCUUAUUUUGGAGCAUCCAGACACAAGCUGAGUGCUUUCUUCUCUCUUAUAUUCCGCUUCUCCUCAUGCCAUCACGCUCUUCUGGCUUCUGCACUGGCAAAAAUAGUGCAAGACCAAGGUAAUCGUGCAGUUAUUGGCAAAGAUGAGAAUGCAGUGCGACAGCUCAUUAGUAUGAUUAGCAGCGACGAUCGUCACGUGGUUGAGCAAGCAUGUUCUGCCCUCUCUUCUCUUGCUGGAGAAAUUUCUAUGGCAAUGCAGUUGAUCAAAUGUGACAUCAUGCAACCCAUUGAAACUGUGCUAAGAUCUGUCUCCCAAGAAGAAGUAAUUUCAGUCCUGCAAGUUAUGUCAACAUUGGCUUUUGCAUCAGACAGAGUAUCCCAGAAGAUGUUAACCAAGGAUUUAUUGAAAUCAUUGAAAGUUCUGUGUGGCCACAGAAACCCAGAGGUGCAAAGGCUAGCUUUGUUCGUGGUUGGUAAUAUGGCGUUCUGCUUGGAGAAUAGGCGUAUUUUGGUUACCUCUGAAAGUCUACGGGACCUGCUGCUGCGGUUGACAGUUACAUCUGAGCCUCGUGUGAACAAAGCUGCUGCUCGUGCUUUGGCGAUUCUUGGAGAGAAUGAAAACUUGAGGCGUGCUAUAAAGGCAAGACCUGUGGCUAAGCAAGGGCUGCGUAUUCUAUCAAUGGAUGGGGGUGGAAUGAAAGGUCUGGCCACUGUGCAGAUUCUCAAGGCAAUCGAGAAGGGAUCUGGAAAGCGCAUACACGAGUUAUUUGAUCUUAUAUGUGGCACAUCAACUGGUGGAAUGUUGGCUGUUGCUCUUGGUAUAAAGCAAAUGACCCUGGAUGAAUGCGAGGAGAUAUACAAAAAUCUUGGGAAACUUGUGUUUGCUGAACCUGUUCCCAAGGAUAAUGAAGCUGCAUCAUGGAGGGAAAAGUUAGAUCAGCUUUACAAAAGUUCAUCACAGAGCUUUAGAGUUGUCGUCCAUGGAUCCAAACAUAGCGCAGAUGAGUUUGAGAGGCUGUUAAAGGAAAUGUGUGAUGACGACGACGGCGAUCUACUGAUAGACUCUGCAGUGAAAGGCAUUCCAAAAGUUUUUGCAGUUUCAACUUUGGUUAGCAUGAUGCCAGCUCAACCAUUUAUAUUUCGCAACUAUCAGUACCCUGUUGGAACACCAGAAGUGCCAUCCACUCCUACUGAGGGAUCAGGGAUCACUGUAUUAGGAUCUCCUUUUGCUGGUAGCCAAAUUGGAUACAGACGCACUGCUUCUAUUGGAAGUUGUAAACACCACGUUUGGCAAGCAAUAAGAGCAUCAUCUGCUGCUCCAUAUUAUCUCGAUGACUAUUCUGAUGACAUAAACCGGUGGCAAGAUGGUGCUAUUGUGGCCAAUAAUCCUACCAUCUUUGCUAUCAGAGAAGCACAGCUUCUUUGGCCCGACGCUAGAAUUGACUGCCUCGUCUCAGUUGGGUGUGGUUCUGUUCCAACAAAGCCUCGGAAAGGUGGUUGGCGCUAUCUUGACACUGGGCAGGUGCUCAUUGAAAGUGCGUGCUCUGUGGACCGAGUGGAGGAAGCCUUAAGUACGUUACUCCCAAUGCUUCCUGAGAUUCAAUAUUUUCGUUUCAAUCCAGUUGAUGAACGCUGUGAUAUGGAGCUUGACGAAACUGACCCAGCUGUGUGGCUAAAGUUGGAAGCUUCAGUUGAACAAUACAUUCUCGAGAGCUCCGAAGCUUUGAAGAACGUAUGUGAGAGACUCGUUUUGCCAUUGCAAAGCGACGAUAAGUUGUCAGAUACGAAAACUCAGCAGCAACGUCCAAGAGCAAAGACGUUCAGUACUGGUGGGAGUGGCCCCACUUUGGGUUGGAGGCGUAACGUACUACUCGUCGAAGCUCUCCACAGCCCCGAUUCUGGAAGAGUCAUGCACCAUGCCCGGGCGCUUGAGACAUUCUGCGCUCGUAAUAGCAUACGAGUUUCUCAUGUUCACAGUGCAUCAGGAAGUUCGAAAAGUGUACCGCCAGCUGUGGCAUCACCGUUUGCCUCACCUCUGAUCACCGGAAGCUUUCCAUCGAGCCCACUUUUGUACAGUCCCGACUUCGGCUCACACCGAGUUGGCCGAAUUGAGAUGGUCCCACCUUUGAGCUUGGAUGGGAAUACGUCAGCGAGAGCAGGAGCGUCGCCACCAAUUUCUCCUAAAGCACGGAAACCGUUUUCUUUGCCUGUGAGAUCGUUGCACGAAAUGCUGCAGAAUGCACCGCAAGUUGGGAUCGUGCAUUUAGCCCUUCAGAAUGAUUCUUCUGGCUCCAUCCUAAGUUGGCAGAAUGACGUGUUUGUUGUUGCUGAACCUGGCGAGCUCGCUGAGAAGUUUCUACAGAGUGUGAAGCUUAGUUUAUUGUCAAUGAUGAAGUGUCAUCGACGGCAGGUUACAUCGUUUCUUUCCAAGAUUUCGACAGUUGCUGAUCUGGUUCGUUGCAGACCUUACUUCCAAGUCGGGAACGUUGUCCACCGCUAUAUAGGACGGCAGACACAGGUUAUGGAAGACGACCAAGAAAUCGCGGCAUAUAUGUUCAGAAGAACAGUUCCUUCCAUGCAUUUAACCCCUGAAGAUGUUCGAUGGAUGGCUGGAGCUUGGAGAGACAGGAUCAUCAUUUGCACGGGUACAUACGGCCCAUCCCAGACACUAACCAAAGCCUUCUUGGACUCCGGUGCAAAAGCCGUCGUGUGUCCAUCUGCUGACCCCAUGGACAUCCCGGUAACUGCUGUCAGUGGCUCGGCAGGUGACCUCAACUCGCUGGAGAACGGGAAGUUCGAGAUUGGAGAGGACGAGGAAGCCGAGAGCGAGGAAGUGGAGCCUCCCAGUCCCGCAGCCAGCGACUGGGACAGCGAUGCGGAGAGAGUCUGCAACGCUAAUUCGAUGGGUUUCUGGGACGAUGAUGAGGACAGGCUAUCCCAGUUUCUCAGCCAGCUGUAUGAUUUGUUGUUCCGAGAAGGAAUGAGCGUCGAUGUGGCUCUAAGAACCGCUCUGGCCAGCCAUCGUCGACUCAGGUAUUCUUGCCAUCUCCCCGGUAUACAUUGACACUGAUCGAUAAUACGCGCAAAUGGUGAAAUGAUUGUAGUAUUAGAGAUGGAACUAGUGAGGUUCACGAUCCAAGAACCGUGAUAGAACCCUGAUAAAAUCUCGCUCACAGGCGCUACUCAUUAGUACUAGGAGGGUGACAAGCAAAAAAGAAGAGAAAAGGGUAUGAAACUCAAAGAGUGAAGGGAGGGGAAUAAGGAAAUUUAGUUUAGCUCAUAGUGUUGUAUGGCAUAAUAAUUAAAGGAAGAGUUAAAAGAACACUCAAUUUUCUGAGGCUAUUAUUAAGACUUAAGAGGGGAAUUUCAGCGUUUUCUGUAAUUUAGUGUACUGCUGAUAUACAUUAGAUGAAAAUGAGUAAAUAGAAAAUAUAUCAAGCAUUCUUUUUCCACCUUCACUUCUUAUAGUGUUGUCAUCUUUGCUAGUUAGAUAAUAGUUAUGCUUGAGAGGGAGAGGAUUUCUGGGUAAAAGAAACCUAGUUGUGUACGAUGUUGCAUUGAGAGAACUUGGUUCCCCCCCAUUUUUAUGAUCUACAUUAACAACUCAAAAUCGUACUAAACCUUUGAUUAAAGA